AUGCCGGCGCCGCAGGCGGACGCGGGACGCCCCGAGGACGGCGCCGUCAACGCGAGCUGGCGGGAGCCGCGCGGCAACGUCACCUUCUCGCCCUACUACCAGCACUCGGGCGCGGUGGCGGGCGCCCUGGUGGCCGCCUACGGCCUCCUCUUCGUGGCGUGCGUGGCGGGCAACGCGCUCGUGUGCCUCACGGUGCUGCGCAGCCGCCGCAUGCGCACGGCCACCAACACCUUCAUCCUCAACCUGGCCGUCAGCGACCUCCUCGUGGGCAUCUUCUGCAUGCCCACCACGCUUGUGGACAACCUCAUCACGGGGUGGCCCUUUGGCAACGCCAUGUGCAAGAUGAGCGGCCUCGUGCAGGGCAUGUCCGUCUCGGCGUCUGUCUUCACGCUGGUGGCCAUCGCCGUGGAAAGGUUCCGCUGCAUCGUGCACCCGCUCCGCGAGAAGCUGACGCCGCGCAAGGCGCUGGCGACCAUCGCGGCCAUCUGGGCGCUGUCGCUCGCCAUCAUGAGCCCGUCGGCGGCCACGCUGACGGUGACGCGGGAGGAGCGGCACCUGGCGCUGGACGCGCACAACGUCUCCCACGCGCUGUACGCGUGCUGGGAGGCCUGGCCGCGCGCGGGCAUGCGGCGCGCCUACACCGCCGUGCUCUUCGCGCACAUCUACGCGGCGCCGCUGGCGCUCAUGGUGGCGCUCUACGCGCGCGUCGCCCUCAAGCUCUGCGCCGCGGCGCCCGCGGCGGCGGGGGAGCGCGUGCCGCGGCGCAAGGCGCGCGUGGUGCACAUGCUGGUGGCCGUGGCGCUCGUCUUCACGCUCUCGUGGCUGCCGCUGUGGACGCUGACGCUGCUGGCGGACUACGGGCGCCUGAGCGAGCGGCAGCUGCGCCUCGUGGCCGCCUACGCCUUCCCGCUCGCGCACUGGCUCGCCUUCCUCAACAGCGGCGUCAACCCCGUCAUCUACGGCUACUUCAACGGCAACUUCCGACGGGGCUUCCGAGAGGCGUUCCGGGCGCCCUGCCGCGCCGCCUCGCCCUCCGCACGCGGGCACGGGCGCGCCGCGCUCUUCGGUGCCCGCAACCGCGUCUUCGCCACCGCCGCCGCGCACAGCAGCGACUCCGACGCGCCGCCGCCACCGCCACGCUCCGGCGGUGUCCCUGCCUGGGGCCUCUGA